ACUGGUGGCGCUAUUUAAUUUCAUUUUUUUCCCGAGAAGGACACUUAUGUAAAACAUCAACAACGCUCAAACAUCAAACAAGCAUUGUCAAUUAAUAAACCCUCCAAAAGUAUCGAUACAGCAAACAAGAAAUGGCAAGGGUGGUGUUGGCGAAAGCAUGUCAACUUCACAUUGCAAAGCAUGGCUGUGUGCGGUAUAGCACUGAGGCUCAAGCAGUGAUGAACGAAGCCAUGUAUGAGGUCAUGACCUCUAUUCACGAAGCUGGUACAUAUAAACCAGAGCGUGUCAUAGUAACGAGGCAGGCGGCAUCAAUCAGAGUAGCUGGGAACUCUAAUGACAUCCUGAACUUUUGUGCCAACAACUAUCUGGGUCUUUCUAGUCAUCCUGAAGUUGUGAAUGCAGCCAAGAAGGCCCUUGAUGAUUAUGGGUCAGGUCUAAGCUCUACCAGGUUUAUCUGCGGCACACAGGACAUCCACAAAGAGCUGGAAGAAAAGUUGGCUCGGUUUCACAAACGGGAAGAUGCCAUUUUGUAUGCUAGUUGCUUCGAUGCCAACGCAGGCAUCUUUGAGGCACUAUUAACACCAGAGGAUGCAGUCAUUUCUGACGAGCUCAACCAUGCGUCUAUUAUUGAUGGCAUAAGGUUGUGUAAGGCACAACGUCAUCGAUACAAACACAUGGAUGUCAACGACCUGGAAUCUAUUUUAAAGAAGACCCAAGAUUGUCGCAUGCGUAUGAUUGUUACUGAUGGUGUUUUCAGCAUGGAUGGAGACAUUGCACCUCUCAAGGAGUUAGUAAGUUUAGCAGACACAUACAAGGCCCUUCUGUUUGUUGAUGACUGCCAUGGUACAGGUCUACUUGGUGAGACAGGUCGAGGGACUGAGGAACUUCUAGGCCUUCAUGGCUGCUCCGACAUCAUCAAUUCCACUCUUGGUAAAGCUCUCGGAGGAGCAGCGGGUGGCUACACCACUGGUCCCAAACCCUUGAUUGACAUGUUGAGGCAAAAGUCCCGUCCAUAUCUCUUCUCAAACACGUUACCACCGCCUGUUGUUGCUUCAGCUUCCAAGGUGCUCGAUAUGAUUACUGACGAUCCGUCAUUGGUGUCUCAGCUAGCCAAGAAUACAAAGCAUUUCAGGGACAGAAUGACGGCAGCUGGAUUCACUAUUUGGGGGAAGGGUCACCCGAUAUGUCCUGUUAUGUUCGGUGAUGCUAGUCUUGCCAGGAUGUUUUCAGAAGAAAUGCUCAAGCGUGGAGUCUUUGUGAUUGGAUUCAGUUUCCCUGUUGUUCCUAAAGGUAAAGCCAGGAUCAGGGUUCAAAUAUCAGCAGCUCACUCUGAGGAAGAGAUCGAACGUUGUGUAGAAGCUUUCAUUGAAACUGGCAAAGAGCUUAAAGUCAUCUAAGAAGAGCUCGGAGUGUCCCUCAACACUGCCUGAGCCAUCCAGCCAAGAAACAUGGUUUUGUUUAACUUAUUAAAUAUCCAAUAUUAUAACCGGACUCUUCCCAUCAGGGUCAAGGUUACAAUAAGGAUUAGGUCGCCCUCUGUGUCGUCUGUGGAUGCAUCGUGUUGAUACCACGCGAUGUGUGUGUAUGGCAAAAUGAUCAUUGCCCAGCUUGACUCGCAUGUAUGGCAAAAUGGCAUCGCACAUAGACCAUUUCUACGUAUUUUCAUUAGUCAUUGUUUAUGACGUCCACUGUACGGGGGAAAAUGGCGAACGCGGGUCCAUUGAAAUAGUCUCACAACGAAAUCGCACGCUCAAUGACGCACUCGGCAUUCUCCGUGUUCUAUUUUUUAUGGGAUUAGGUAAAUACAGUAGGGUCGAGGGAACAUAGGGAACAGGAUUUAGUGUGUUGCCCUAUUUGCAAUUUGUUUUAAAAAAGAUGUUCACCUUUAAUAUCAUGUCCCUGAACGUUUUUAAAGUUGUUUAAGUAUACAGUCUGAAUUAUUUAUAUAAUAUGUGUUUCACAUGACUUCCUUCUUCUGUAAUACUAUAGCUUCCUACUAGGGCUUAAACACUGUAGCUCGCCUGUAAGCACUUGCUUACUAUGUGAACCUUAAAAACACCAGAGAUAACUAUGUGUGCCACACCCUAAAACAAGUCUUACAUGGUUUUAAUAACAAUAGUGUUUCUCUACAUUGCUUAUAAAUUUUUAUUUUCGAAAUAAGAUUUGUUUAAGAUUUUGAAGAAGUAGCAGGGUAUUUGUUUUUUUGUUCAGGGUAGAAUAUAGUUUUAUUUUAUUUUGAUAGCUUUAGUAUUUUUUUGUAGUUCUGCUUCACUUGAAAUAUAUAUAUAGUCAUAUUUGUUUUUGCAGACUAAGCCCUAAGCAUUUCCUUUCUGGUUUGAAAUAUGAUUUUUGUUUCCUUGUAAUUAACCUGCCUUAACCCUCACAAGCAGGAAAUCAGAGCAUCAAGUGUUAAAUGUGUUAUCCUUAAAGGAAUAUUACAGAAUUGGUUUUUGUGAACAAAACAGUUGCUGGCAGUGUAAGUAAUUUAUUAACUUUAUCC